UCAUUCUGCAAUCCUUCCGUUCCCUUCCUUUGUCAUUGCUUCCAACUACAAGGAUUUCUGUCAACUUCACAUGGAUCUCAAUGAUCUUAACAAGGUCUGGGAAGUCAAGCCUCUCAAAAAGGUUGGGGAGGAUGAAGCAAGGAAGAUUCUUGAGAAUGUAGCAAAACAAGUGCAACCAAUCAUGCGCAAACGAAAAUGGAGAGUCAAGCUCCUUUCAGAGUUCUGCCCUGCCAAUCCUUCUCUUUUAGGAUUGAACAUUGGAGGAGGUGUGGAAGUUAAGCUCAGAUUGCGGAGGCCAAACAGAGAGUGGGAUUUUUUCCCUUAUACCCAGAUUCUUGAUACUAUGUUGCAUGAGCUCUGCCAUAAUGAGCAUGGUCCUCAUAAUGCUGAAUUUUACAAGCUAUUGGAUGAAAUCAGAAUGGAAUGUGAGGAUCUUAUGGCCAAAGGAAUAACUGGCACUGGUCAGGGAUUUGAUCUUCCUGGAAGACGUCUGGGUGGUAUUUCACAUCGACCUCCUUUGUCAUCUCUCCGCCAGGCUGCCCUUGCUGCAGCAGAAAACAGAGCACGUCAAGGAGCUCUAUUACCAUCAGGACCAAAGCGCUUGGGUGGUGAUAGCGAGAUUAUGGUUGCACUUAGUCCAAUACAAGCUGCAGCAAUGGCAGCGGAAAGGAGAUUGCAUGAUGAUUUAUGGUGCGGGUCCAAAACUCUUGAAGAAAGUAACACUGUUAUGCCAGGGAAGAUUGGACCACCUAUAGGGUCUUCUGAGACAUCUAAAGAAGAUUCUGUGCGUGAUAUUCCUUUCCGAACUUCAGCUUCUGGAUCCAUGCAUAAUCAUGGAAAGUCAGGCAGUAGAUACGAUGGUUCACUUUGGGAGUGCACUGCAUGUACUCUGCUUAAUCAGCCACUUGCACUAACUUGUGAAGCCUGUGACACCCAAAAGCAAAAAGAUGCGGGAAACAUGCUCAAGAUCUGGUCUUGCAAAUUCUGUACCCUAGAGAACAGUGUUAAGUCAGAGAGAUGCUUAGCUUGUGGGGAGUGGAGAUAUUCAUAUGGCCCACCAGCAUCCACCAAAGGUCCCUAUCUUGGAACCUGAAAGUUUCAAGCCUAAACUGCUGUACUAGCACAGGGUAUAGAAAAUCUCUUGCAACUACUUUGUGAUUCAAAUGUAUUAAAUUAGAACAAAGUUACAGUUAUAGUGUAGAGUAUGAACAACCCUUGUAUCAGCCCAUGAUAAUUUAGUGAUACAUUUAAAUUGC